CACCCAGAGCGAGGCUGUGUCUCUACCACCGGCAUUCCCAGUAUGCACCGCGGACAGACCAACAAAAAAUUGUCCGGUAACUGAAAGGCCUGAGAAAAAGAACUCGAAAGGAGUAGCUGAUUAAUUUCAAACGGUGUUAAAACAUAGAUAAGAUUGCUAACAUGUCUGACAACGAGAAACUAGACAACCAGCGACUGAAGAAUUUCAAGAACAAGGGUCGCGACUUGGAGACGAUGAGAAGACAGAGGACAGAGGUGGUGGUGGAACUCCGCAAGAACAAAAGGGACGAACACCUGCUGAAGAGGCGAAACGUGCCCCACGAGGACACCUGCGAAGACUCUGAUGCCGACGGAGACUUCAGAUCGCAAAACACUUCUCUUGAAGCAAUAGUACAAAAUGCCACAAGUGAUAACCAGGGAGUUCAGCUGAGUGCCGUGCAGGCUGCAAGGAAGCUGUUGUCUAGUGACCGUAACCCUCCCAUAGAUGACCUGAUCAAGUCAGGCAUUCUCCCCAUUCUGGUGCACUGUCUGGACAGAGAUGACAAUCCAUCUCUACAGUUUGAAGCUGCCUGGGCUUUGACCAACAUUGCAUCAGGAACCUCAGAGCAGACCCAGGCAGUGGUCCAGUCCAAUGCUGUGCCACUGUUCCUGAGGCUGCUGCAGUCUCCUCACCAGAAUGUGUGUGAGCAGGCGGUCUGGGCCCUGGGAAACAUCAUAGGCGACGGCCCCCAGUGCAGGGACUAUGUGAUCAGUCUGGGCGUGGUGAAGCCCCUGCUCUCCUUCAUCAGCCCCUCUAUCCCCAUCACCUUCCUCCGUAACGUCACCUGGGUCAUGGUCAACCUCUGCCGCCACAAGGACCCACCGCCACCCAUGGAGACCAUCCAGGAGAUUCUUCCAGCUCUCUGUGUGCUGAUCCACCACACUGAUGUUAAUAUCCUGGUGGACACGGUGUGGGCUCUGUCCUACCUGACAGACGCGGGCAACGAGCAGAUUCAGAUGGUCAUCGACUCGGGCAUUGUGCCCAACCUGGUGCCCCUGCUUAGCCACCAGGAGGUCAAAGUCCAGACUGCUGCACUGCGGGCGGUGGGCAACAUAGUGACUGGAACAGAUGAACAGACCCAGGUGGUGCUCAACUGUGACGCCCUGGGACACUUCCCCGCUCUCCUUACACACCCCAAGGAGAAGAUCAAUAAGGAGGCAGUGUGGUUCCUGUCCAACAUCACAGCAGGCAACCAGCAGCAGGUGCAGGCUGUCAUUGAUGCCAACCUGGUACCCAUGAUCAUCCACCUUCUGGACAAGGGAGACUUUGGAACACAGAAAGAAGCAGCCUGGGCCAUCAGCAAUCUGACAAUUAGCGGGAGGAAGGACCAGGUGGCGUACCUGAUCCAGCAGCAGGUGAUCCCUCCCUUCUGUAACCUGCUGACAGUGAAGGAUGCUCAGGUGGUGCAGGUGGUCCUGGACGGCCUCAGCAACAUCCUCAAGAUGGCUGACGACGAGGCCGAGACCAUCGCCAACCUCAUCGAGGAGUGUGGAGGUCUGGAGAAGGUGGAGCAGCUCCAGAAUCAUGAGAAUGAAGACAUCUAUAAACUGGCCUACGAAAUUAUUGAUCAGUUCUUCUCAUCUGAUGAUAUUGAUGAAGACUCCAGCCUGGUUCCGGAGGCGAUCCAGGGGGGAACAUACGGCUUCAAUUCCUCCACCAACGUGCCAACAGAGGGGUUCCAGUUCUAGAAGGCAUCUCGGGAGUCUGGAGUUUUGUUUGCGAUGCAGCACUCUGUUCAACAUAAAACAAAUUAGGAGAGAAAGAGAGCGAAAGAGUGUG